CUCUCUCUCUCUCCCCCUUCACGCCCCAUAUAAUCCCCUCUAUCUCCAGCCAGAGAGCGACUCUCAGAGACCUCCAUAGACCAAAACAGCUAAACGGAAAUGGCGUCGUCGUCUAGGGUUUCGCUAUGCUUCUUCGUCCUCCUCGCCGUGUUCUCCACCGCGAUCCGCGCCGAGGAGGCGGAAUCGAAGGAGUACGUCCUCCCUCUCGACAGCUCCAACUUCGCUGACACCGUCAGCAAGCACGACUUCAUCGUCGUUGAGUUCUACGCGCCGUGGUGUGGCCACUGCAAGAAGCUCGCUCCCGAGUAUGAAAAAGCUGCGUCGAUUUUGAGUAAAAAUGACCCACCAGUCAUUCUAGCAAAGGUUGAUGCCAACGAAGAGGCAAACAAAGGACUUGCUUCUGAUUAUGAGGUGAAGGGAUUCCCCACAAUUAAGAUUCUAAGAAAUGGUGGGAAGACCAUCCAAGAAUACAAGGGUCCUCGAGAAGCCGAGGGUAUUGUUGAAUAUUUGAAGAAACAAAGCGGUCCUCCUUCUGUCGAAAUCAAGACUACUGACGAUGCAACUACUCUUGUUGGCGACAAGAAGAUUGUUGUUGUUGGUGUGUUCAAGGAGUUCUCCGGAGAGGCAUAUAAUAACUUCUCGGCUCUGGCUGAGAAAUUGCGUUCUGAUUAUGAAUUUGGUCACACUCUGGAUGCCAAGCUCCUUCCUCGUGGUGAUUCAUCAGUGUCUGGACCCGUAGUUAGAUUGUUCAAGCCAUUUGAUGAACUUUUUGUUGAUAUUGAGGAUUUUCAUGUGGAUGCUCUAGAGAAGUUUGUUGAAGAAUCUAGUAUGCCAGUUUUAACAGAAUUCAACAAUGACCCAACCAAUCACCCUUUUGUUAUCAAAUUCUUCAACAGUCCAAAUGAGAAGGCUAUGUUGUUUCUGAACUUCAGUGAUGAGUCUUCUGAUGCUUUUAAAUCAACGUAUCGUGAAGUUGCUGAGAAAUAUAAGAAAGAAGGCAUAAGCUUUCUCAUUGGAGAUCUUGAGGCUAGUCAGGGCGCCUUCCAGUAUUUUGGACUUAAAGAAGACCAGGUGCCUCUCAUCAUCAUCCAGACUCCCGGUGGGCAAAAGUUUUUGAAACCAAAUUUGCAGCCAGAUCACAUCACAUCAUGGGUUAAGGAGUACAAGGAUGGGAAAGUAUCACCAUACAAGAAGUCUGAGCCUAUUCCUGAGCAAAACAAUGAGCCUGUCAAGGUGGUCGUUGCUGACAGCAUCCAGGACUACAUCAAGUCUGGGAAAAAUGUGUUGCUCGAGUUUUAUGCUCCUUGGUGUGGACACUGCAAGAAGCUUGCUCCUAUUUUGGAUGAAGUUGCUGCCUCGUAUGAAAAGGAUUCUGAAGUCGUUAUUGCAAAAUUUGAUGCCACUGCAAAUGAUGUGCCUAGUGACUUUGAUGUCAAAUACUACCCAACUCUGUACUUCAAGACGGGGAGUGGAAAAGUCUUGUCGUAUGACGAGGAAGAUAGAACUAAGGAAGCCAUCACUGCUUUCAUUGAAAAGAACCGGGACAAAAUUGAGAAACAAGCAGAGUCGGAGAAGCAAGAAUCCGGAAAAGAUGAGCUCUAAAUAGGUAAUUGCUUCCCUUCUGAACUUCAUAUAUAGUUUACGCAGUUUGACAAAGCUCCCGAAGCAUGGUUAUAUUCUUCAAAAAUUCAAUGAAGUUGCUCGGGCGGACGUGGUCUCAAAUUGUUCUUUUCCUGAACCAGCUGUACGAGGAGAAGAGACAUUGAGAAGGGUAGAGACGUACCUCCCCGUAUCGCUCGUUCCUAUCAGUAGUUAUGUUGUUGGUUUUUGGGUUUCCCUUUGAAUUGAAUAAAGUGGGAGGUGUUUUCGUCGUGGGGUGCACUAGUUUGAGGGAUAGCAAUAGUGUUAAGAGCGUGCAGUUUUGUUAAUGUAGAAGAAACCCUCGGAAGGAGUUUAUUUUACAAAUGCUCAAGUUAAUUAUAUCUCUGAAUCCCAGUUAUAGCAUAACUUUC